AUUAUGUCAGAUUGAUUAUGUAAUUAGUUAAAUUAAAAGUAUGAUUUAUAUGACACAAAUAUGAAUAUUGAAUAUCAAAAAUAUUACUAGAGAAUUUCGCAAUAGUCGAUUGCAUAAACUGUGCAGUCGACAAAUUGAAGCUGGCACUUUAUCCGACGUUGAUAAACCGGCGAAACACGAAGGGACAAGGGGAAAAUGUAUUUUAAAUUGUAUUCGCACACUACACACGAGAAGAAAAAGAAACAAAGUUUAAUUUAGCCGACAGAGUUUAAUUUGCAAAUUGCGAUCAUGUGCACGUUAGAGGUCUCUGCGGCAGGUCGAAAUGCAUCGGCGUUCCUACGGACGAGAAAUCUCAUCGGUUUGUCUUAUUCAGCCAAUAACUUACAUUCUUCCUAUCGCCAAUGUUUACACUGUAACCCGUUACGAAUACCAGUCAAACUGGCCUAUGCUUCGUAUGAGUCGCUAAAGGAAAAUGAACAGAAUGCGCAGCCUCCUAUUAUGAUAAUGCAUGGCCUGUUUGGUUCAAAAAGCAAUUGGAACUCCCUGUCAAAAGUGAUUCAUGAAAAAACCAAGCGUAAGGUCAUAGCAGUGGAUGCCAGGAAUCAUGGAGAUUCUCCACAUACAUCUGACAUGUCUUACAAGGACAUGGCGGAGGAUAUUGUUCAUCUUAUGCAUGAUUUAGGCUUUGAGAAGGCUCUUUUAGUCGGUCAUAGUAUGGGUGGCUCAGCCAUGAUGUACACCGCUUUGCACUAUCCGCACAAUGUUGAGAAACUUGUGGUUGUCGACAUGUCUCCCAUAAGCGCAAGCCCUAAUCUUUUGCAGAUGACAACAAUCUUUGAAGCAAUGCGUUCCGUAAACGUGGACGGAAGUCCUAAUCUAUCCAAGGCACGCCAGAUGGUGAACAAGCAAUUCGCUAAAUUCAUCAAACCUCUCGCAUUACGCCAGUUCUUAGCGUCGAACUUGGUGGAGGUAGAUUCAGGAAAGUACAAGUGGCGAGUUAAUCUGCCAGUGCUGGAGCAGGCAUUCUCGACACAAAUAGCCGUGUUUCCCAAUGUUGGUACAAAAGUCUACCGGGGCCCGACGUUAUUCAUUGGCGGUGGCAACAGUGACUACAUCCAACUGAAGGAUCACGACGCGAUUAAGAUGCUGUUUCAACGCGCAGAGUUCCAUUAUAUAAACGGAGCGAAUCACUGGGUUCACGCGGACAAUCCUAGUGAAUUCGUCGCAGUUCUAACGAAUUUUGUAAACCGUCCCUUGCCUUCGUGAUGCUUGUGAACAUAUACACGCAUACUCGUGAAGAACAAUCGUAAAAUAUCCUUUGUAAAUAUAUAUAUACAUGUAUUUCGGGUGAGAACUUCACAAUAAUUACAGAACAAGGUGAAAAGUA